AUGAGUCCAAGUGUAUGGUGCUCUGUUGAGAAAAUACUACACUUUAUUCUCACGUCACUGGAGUAUUUUUUGUCGAUGAUAAGCAUAGGCUGUUCUGUUGUAUGGUACUUUAUUAUCUGCACAAAGAAGAAGAAGAAUCAGAGGAUAAGGAACUCUAGCGGUGGAAGCAUUCGUGUCAUUCCCAAAUCGCCCAAAUCAGGGCCAGUGGUGAUGGAUAAUACACAGCGUCGCGGUACGUAUACACCAAUAAUGGAGUCAACGCAGUGUCUUGGUCGUACACAAGAAAGUGAAAGAAAACGGAAGAUAGAAGUUGCUACUGCAGAAGCUAUGGAAAACGAGACGAGUAUCCAUAAGAAAGGGAAAGUCGAGACGUUGAAGUUUUCACAGGAUUCCAGAGAGAACAAAACUAGAACGGCGGAGUUGAUGAAUUCAAAAGCAAAAAGGUCAAAAGAGCAACUUAACACGGCAGAAGAACUUAACAUUCGGGAAGAAAAAUGCGAAAGGAAACUUGAUUUGGAAUUGAGAACAGCCGAAGAUGAAGAUCUUACUCAUCCACGGAUUCCCGAAGUACGGCACGUUGCCAAACCACAAGACGAGGUUUUGGGACAAAAAAAUGUGUGUGAAGAAAAGACAGGACCUGCAUUGAUCGGAAUGACGAGGGAGAAACAUGAUCACAAUACACCAUCAUUUAUUGAAUCUGAGUUUAUAAAUAUUGCAUGA